AUGAACACCUCGCAGCCGGUAGUACCGGUGGUUGUACUCUGGUACUGCUAUGUAUACCACCGAGUCAUGCUCUUAGGCGCGAAGCCGCUGCCACUGCAGAAAUGCUACCAUACAUUUCCCAUGUACCAUAGUAAUGGUCAGUCGAGGCUGGGGCCAGCAAGUAUACGGUACAUCGGCGCCUAUCCGUGGAUCGUCAGGACGAUUUCCUUUGGCUCGCCCAAUGGCGAUGGAGUGCAUCGAGAAUAUUCACGUGAGCACUUCCAGAGCCUGGUCAUGGACUCCAGGACCCAGGGAGAUGGGGACGCGAGACUCCAUGCUACGUGCUACUAUAGUGUACAAGUACAUAUGCUCGCUAAGUACGAAUGUGGGCAACGAAAGAGAGGUCGACCCAACACGUCCUUUGGACCAGUUUUGGAGGCCAUACACCGUCCCGAGGUAGUGGUCGUGGUCUUGGUCAUGGCCGUCGCCGGGUACAGCGGCCGAAUACGCCUCGCAAUUCCGACGGCUGGGACUCCCAACCGAGAAGAGGCGACUCGUUUGCCAACCAUGUCCAUGAGAACCCACGCGGUCGGGUCCUCCCUCGUUGCCUUCGUCCUGAUGAUUAUUGGAUGA